CAGGAAAUGGAGGUCACGGUUCUUCUGAGCCCAAUACGUGCUUCAGCUUCUCUCAACCCAAAUCGAGCCUUAGCACGCAAGGUUUAUGAAUUUUAUGAAUUUCUUGAUCUAGUGUUUGAUUAUCCGAAGAAAAUACUGUCACUUUUGUGCAAAGAGUGUACAUAUUAGUGUCUUGGAACUCCUUAAUUACCCAUCAUUUGUGUAAAAUGAGUUGAAGAUUAUGAUAUUGCUUUAGAUUUCUUCAAGGAUAUCCCUUUAUAUGGGCUGUGCUUACAACAGAUAAUCCGGAAAUGGAAGCGGGAUGAGUGUUUUAAUGGCCAAGCUACUUAUGUAGAUUGCGUGCGGAUAAUUCGGAGUUUAAGUAGGCAAAAGUUGCCUCAUGUAGCUCAGGAGCUUUUACUCGAAAUGAAAUCAGAUGGUCUUUUGCCCAGCAACUCCACUCUAUCUGCUUUGAUGCUGUGCCAUGCCAACAAUGGCCUUUUUCCUCAAGCGGAAGAAGUGUGGAACGAACUGUUACAUACUUCUUUUGUGCCUAGUACUCAAGUUGUUUCGCAGUUAUUUGAUGUUUAUGGAAAUGCGGGAUGUUUUGAAAAAGUGAAUGAAAUUUUGGGCCAGCUGAGGGCUAGGAGGUAUUUGAGUUUGUUUCCGGAGGUUUACUCGCUAGCUAUCGCUUGUUUUGGGAAGGGAGGCCAGCUUGAAUUGAUGGAAGGUGCAUUGAAAGAAAUGAUUUCAAUGGGGUUCCCGGUGGACUCUGCCACUGGAAAUGCCUUUAUCAGAUACUAUAGCAUUUUUGGUUCCCUGACUGAGAUGGAGACCGCUUAUGGCCACCUUAAAAGGUCUAGGUUUCUGAUAGAGGAAGAGGGAAUCCGGGCAAUGUCAUUUGCGUAUCUGAAGCGCAGGAAGUUUUACGGAUUAGCUGAGUUCCUGAAGGAUGUAGGUCUAGGUAGAAGAAACUUGGGAAAUCUUCUGUGGAACCUUUUGUUGUUAUCCUAUGCCGUGAAUUUUAAGAUGAAAAGCUUACAAAGAGAAUUUUUGAGAAUGGUGGAAGCUGGUUUCCACCCCGAUCUUACUACAUUUAAUAUCCGUGCUCUGGCCUUUUCAAAGAUGUCUCUACUGUGGGAUCUCCAUCUUAGCCUUGAACACAUGAAACAUGAGAAAGUUGUUCCCGAUCUUGUGACUUGCGGCUGUGUUGUUGAUGCAUACUUGGAUAGAAGACUAGGACGGAAUUUGUAUUUUGCCCUCAAUAAAAUGAAUUUGGAUGAUUCCCCAUUGGUAUUAACGGAUCCAUUUGUGUUUGAAGUUUUGGGAAAAGGAGACUUUCAUGCAAGCUCAGAGGCAUUUUUGGAGUUCCAGAGGCAAAGGGAAUGGACUUAUAGGAAGUUAAUUUCAGUAUAUAUGAAAAAAACAUACCGGAGGAAUCAGAUCUUUUGGAAUUACUGACUAGCGACCUGCAUAUUGUGCAUGUUUGACUGAUCAUUAGGAAAGGAUUAUUGUCGCUGAUAAUACUAUGUCUAUCAGUUCCAGUUUGCAUUCUAUUGGUUCAAUUAGUGCAUGUAUGUAACAAAGUGAUAAAUGCAGCUCAGAUAUGCCUCGUCCUGCAUUGUGCAAUCGGCUGAGAUGAAGUUGGAUAUUGCUGAUGGAUGACUUACCAUUGUUAUGAACUUAUCAAAAGCUAAAAUGAAGAUGCUACAUUCAUUCAGACUCAAAGAAAACUCCGAGGAGUGUGAAAUAAAGGUAAGAGCAGUCCAACUACUAUUCCUUCUGAAUCUCGCAUGCUUAAACUGAUCUGCAGUCAAAACUAAUUUUCUCAAGUCUGUUUCGUUUGCUGUUUACUGCAGUUUCCCUUCUAUGCUUCAUAAACCUGCUAUGAAACCUUAAUAUCACAAAUUGAUUUUUUCUUUAUAGUUUCAUUGGCUUGAAAAGUACCUUCUUAAAUUAACAGAUGAAACUGUUAGCUUUUCUACUUUCACAAGAAGCCUAAAUUGUUGGGAAGUUGAUGAUAUGUACAUAUAAAUAAUUUCCUCAGUAUAAUUUCUGGCAAAAACAUCCUGUUGUUGUGGA